AUGACAUGGCUGGAUCGAUUGUAUAACGACAGUCCAUUUUAUGAACCUCUCGAAAAUGACAAGCACGAAACUUCCCAGCUCCUCGUCCUUGUGUUCCGCGCCUACUUUUCCCCUAUUAUUUUCAUUCAUGGAGUCUGUGGAAAUUUACUCUCUCUUGUUAUCCUCUGCCGUCUUCACAGACGUGCACCAGGUCGCUUCAACCUCUAUGCCAUCACUAUCACAGUGUCGUUUCUCCUCCUCCUCAUUUUUGAUACAUUCCUGGACGACUUUUUUGGUCGAGGUCUCGGCUGGCUUACAAAGUACCAAUUCAAUCUCAAAAUGGAUCAGAUUUCCUCCCUUUCCUGCAAACUAAUCACCUAUGUAACUGACAGCAGUGGAUUCAUGGCUACUACCAUUUUGGCUAUUUUUGGACUGGAUCGGGUGCGCACCAUCUACUCACCCCUCCAAUUCCGUGGCGAUCGGUACCUCCGACGUACCACCAUCCUCAUUGUUGCUACCGUUGUGAUAGACUUGGUGCUCUUCUCACCAACCUUCGUUUUUUAUGACAUUGUCGUUUCUAACGUUACUAAUCAAACGUCCUGCACUCUUACAAAUCCUAGCCUUCCUGGUGCUACAUACACUCUCCUAAUCUACGUCCUUGGAUCCUAUACUCUUCCCACUCUCGUGAUCAUUAUCUGCAACAUCUUGAUCGCCUACCAACUUGUAGCCAUUAAGAGGAAACAUCGAAAGUGUGGAAUUGAUGUCUCUAGUCGAAGGGACGUUCGUCGCAUCAUUGGUCAUUUGGGAAUCAAUACUGCCUUUCUACUCCUUAUGAUUCCAUUAGUGGUUGUUGUUCUCAUGCGUUAUGAAUCUUCUGUUUGUUCCUCGCGUCACUCCGAGGCCUACCGGCAGCGCUUAAUCCAUCUCUCCCGAUUCUUCAGUUCUCUUCUUUCGAUUUAUUUCUCGAGUAGUUUCUGGGUGCUGUUCCUUUUUCUCCCCACCUUCCGAGAUGCGGUGCUGGAACUGCUUCUUGCUUGUCCAUCAAUAGCUACUUCAGUGUGUGGACCCUGCCUCUACCGCCAUAUGACGUAUGGGGGUGCGCGGCGCUUCCGCACCAAAUCAUUGACGCCCUCAGUAAUGUUUCUUUCCCAUCUGCCACCAUCGACGAUGGACGCUCACAAGGAGGACUUUCAAACCCGCGGAAGUCUUCCAUCCGUUGGUCUAGCCGUCCUAGUCAAACCCAUCCGCUCGAUCUCUACGCCCAGUAUUGUGCACCUUAAGACUUGA